AGACGUAACGUACGUCCACUGCGAUUGGUUAUGAAACCGGAAGCAUUUCCCUACGACGCUCGCUUGUCAACAAAACAUGGCUGGGUUACAGAAAGGACACAGCUGCAGUUAUUAGGUGUUUCGUGUGGAUAAAAGACCGAGGACAACGAUGCACAAGCUCACAAGGGCGCCACUGGCCCUAAACGGACUGCGUUGCUUACUAACAGAUAAGCACAUAUCUGCUGUAAAUAUCAUCAAGAGAGGAUGUGUGUGUGCAGAAAACAGAGGAGUUUCUGACAAGAAGGAGGUUUAUGAUGUGAUAAUAUCCGGUGGAGGGAUGGUUGGAUCUGCUAUGGCAUGUUCCUUAGGAAUGGAUCCCAACUUGUCAGGUAAAAGGAUUCUUCUCCUUGAAGCUGGACACAAAAAAGUGAUGGAGAAGGUUCCUGAUGCCUACAGCAUCAGGGUUAGCUCCAUCAGCCCUGGCUCUGCCACUCUCCUCAGCGGUAUUGGAGCAUGGGAGCACAUCACAAAAAUGAGAUGCAAACCCUAUAAACGGAUGCAGGUUUGGGAUGCCUGCUCAGAUGCCCUGAUCACAUUCGAUAAGGAGGACCUGCUGGACGAGAUGGCAUACAUCGUGGAGAACGAUAUCAUCGUGGCUGCAAUCACCAAACAGCUGGACACCCUGCCCGAUAAUGUGCAAGUUAAGUACAGAUCUAAGGUGGUGAAGUAUACGUGGCCUGUGUUCCACCGCACAGCGGACGCCGUCCCAUGGGUGCAGGUCACUUUGGCGAGUGGACAAACUCUUCAAACGAAGCUUCUGAUCGGCGCUGAUGGACCAAACUCGAUGGUGAGGCAGGAGUUGGGAAUACCUACGGUCAAGUGGAAUUAUGACCAAUCAGCCGUGGUGGCAGUGCUGCACCUAUCCGAGCCCACUGAAAACAAUGUUGCAUGGCAGAGAUUCCUCCCAACAGGCCCUAUCGCGAUGUUACCGCUAUCAGACACCGAGAGCUCUCUGGUUUGGUCAACUAGCCCUGAACUAGCCGAGGAGCUCCUUGAGCUGGAAGAAGAAAGCUUCGUCGAUGCAGUGAACUCUGCUUUCUGGAAUAAUGAGAACCACUCAGACCUAAUUGAGACAGCGAGCUCUCUGUUCCGGGGCGCCCUUUCCACCAUGACGCCAUCAGCAGGUUCACCUCGACAGCUUCCACCGAGCGUGGCGGGAAUCGGCCCAAAGAGCAGGGUGAUGUUCCCAUUAGGAAUGGGUCACGCAUCUGAGUACAUCAGGCAAAGAGUUGCGCUCAUUGGGGACGCAGCUCAUCGUGUUCAUCCGCUAGCAGGUCAGGGAGCCAACCUGGGAUUUGGGGAUGUAGCUUGCCUCACGCAGCUCUUGAGCCAGGCAGCUUUUGAUGGGAAAGACCUGGGAGCGAUCCAGCACUUGUUGGAGUACGAGACUGAGCGUCAGCGACACAAUCUGCCCAUGAUGGCUGCAAUCGACCUCAUGAAGCGACUUUAUUCCACCAACGCGGCCUUUGUGGUUCUCCUACGCACCUUCGGUCUGCAGGCCACCAACAUGCUCCCAGCUUUAAAAGAGCAGAUCAUGGCCUACGCAAGCAAGUGAUAAACCUGCAGAAGAGGAUUUUCAGUCAUUUUCAGCUUUAAAAUCUUUUGGUGUAAAAUAAAUGAAUAAAACCUUUUGAUAUUUAUUA